AUGCAAAAUUUCGCGUCCGCGUUGCGCCAGCCAUGGAGGAACAUUGGCCGUAAUGCUCAAACCCUACGCUUUAACUCCACCACAUCAGGGUCCAACCCAACCUGGACGGAGUAUUUCGCGCUGCGAAAACGGCGGCGACAAUUCCAAACAGCGUGUACGAUUCCCUGCGCAAUGUUCGGCUUUCUUGGGGGAUCAGCUUACUUUGGCUCGUUAGAAACAGAUCCAACAAAGCCUGUUAUGGGUGUUGACCCCAUGAUAUUCUAUGGGGGCUGCGUCAUCCUUUGCAUGGGUACCGGCUGGUUAGUUGGACCCACUCUUGGCUCGUCCGUUUGGAGAGUCUUCAAUCGAACAAGUGUCACCCAUAUAGAUGCUCUCGACCGCGAAUUCUACAAACACAUUGCUCGCAACCGGGUUGACGCAACCUUACAAAGUGCGACGAAUCCAAUACCAGACUACUACGGCGAGAAGGUUGGAUCGCUGGCGCAAUAUAGACAAUGGCUUCGGGACCAAAACAAAUACCGACGAAAGGCAGCACCAUUAAAGGAAGAGUAG